AUGGCGGACUCAACUACUCCAGAAGUUCCGCAAGAAGGGCCAUCCAAAAGUGCUUUGAAAAAAGCUGCCAAAGAAGCAAAAAUGGCCGCAGAUAAAGCCGCGAAAGCUGCCAAACAAGCUGCGCUUCCUGUAGUGGGGGGUAAGAAAACAGAUGAUAUUAUUGGUAUCACAGUCAAGAAAUCUGAAGAUUUCUCACAAUGGUAUCAAGAGGUUGUAUUGAAGGCGGAGAUGAUUGAAUAUUAUAAUGAAAUCUCUGGGUUCUUCAUUUUACGUCCCCAAUCUAUGUUUAUCUGGAACCAGAUUCGAAAUUGGUUUCAAGCGCAAAUCGAGACACUUGAUGUAGAGGAGGCUAGUUUCCCAAUGUUCUUAUCUGCAAAGUCACUGGAGAAAGAAAAGUCUCAUGUUGAAGGUUUUGCUCCUGAGCUUGCGUGGGUUACAAAGGCCGGUGACAAAGAUCUUGAAGUACCUGUCGCAGUCCGUCCUACUUCUGAAGCUGUCAUGUACCCAUACUACUCGAAAUGGAUCCGAAGUCAUCGAGACCUUCCUUUGCGGUUAAACCAGUGGAACAGUGUCGUUCGUUGGGAGGCCAAGCAAACAACUCCAUUCUUGAGAGCUAGAGAAUUCUUAUGGCAGGAAGGACAUACCGCCCAUCUUACAGAAGAAUUAGCUGGAGAGGAGGUUCUUCAAAUCCUCGAGUUUUAUGCUGGUGUCUACGAACAAUUAUUGGCAGUCCCAGUUGUCCGUGGUCGCAAAACUGAGAAGGAGAAGUUUGCAGGAGGAUACUACACUACAACGGUCGAAGGAUACAUUCCCUCCAAUGGACGUGGUAUCCAAGGUGCCACUUCUCACUGCCUCGGUCAAAACUUCAGCAAGAUGUUCGAUAUCACUGUCGAGGACCCAACUCCAAAGAGCGGCGAAAAGGCCGGUCAUCUUCACGUCUGGCAAAAUUCUUGGGGUCUUUCCACUCGGGUUAUCGGUGUUAUGGUCAUGAUUCACGGCGAUGACAAAGGGCUUGUUCUCCCACCUCGCAUCGCAAAAAUUCAAGCAAUUAUCGUCCCUGUAGGCAUUACAAAAUCUACUACUCCAGAAGACAAAGCCAAGAUGUACGAUCAAUUUCAAAAUAUCAAGGACACUCUCAAGAAAGCUGGUGUUCGAGCCGACUACGAUAUUCGCGACGGAUAUACCCCGGCCUGGAAAUUCAACGAUUGGGAACUGAAGGGAGUUCCUCUCCGUCUCGAAUAUGGACCAAAGGACGCCGCUAAAGAAGUCGUCUCCUACGCCCGUCGCGAUACCGGUGAGAAGGGCACAAUUGCCAUCGCAAACAUCUCAACCGAAAUCCCUAUCCUCCUCGAAACUAUCCAAAGCUCUCUCUACACAAAGGCCGAUGCAGCAUUCAAAGCUCACCGACUUGUCAUCAACGAUUGGAGCGAAGUCGUCCCUGCACUUGACGCCAAGAACGUCGUGCUUAUUCCAUCUUGCUUGGCCGAGAAGUGCGAAGAUAGGAUUAAGGAUUUGACCAAGGGAGGUGCCAGUGAAGAGGUAGGACCCGAUGGAAAGAAGGUCCCAACUAUGGGAAUGAAGAGUUUGUGUAUUCCAUUUGAGCAACCAGAAGGUCUCGUCAAGGGUGAAACCAAAUGUUUGAAUCCAGAGUGUGAAGUGUUGGCAGAGAAAUAUUGUAUGUAUGGAAGAAGUUAUUAG